GACGCUCCCGGGCGACUGAGUCGUGUCUAAUCCACCGAUAAGCUUAUAGGUCGCGAGGGGGCGGAGCUUCCCAAAAGACCUCGCCUCGCCGUCCGCAAUCCCUUGCAGGCUCGUGCACGUUGCGGCCUCGUUCUCUUUGUCCGGGAAAAUGGCGCUGGAGGGGCCUUUGGCGGUUUUUGGGGAGCGGAGCACCGGCGACAACAUCCGGACACAAAACGUUACAGCUGCUGCUUCAAUUGCCAAUAUUGUAAAGAGUUCACUGGGUCCAGUUGGUUUGGAUAAAAUGCUGGUGGAUGACAUUGGUGAUGUGACCAUUACUAACGAUGGUGCAACUAUCCUGAAGUUGUUGGAGGUAGAACAUCCUGCUGCAAAAGUACUGUGUGAACUAGCAGAAUUGCAAGACAAAGAAGUUGGAGAUGGGACUACCUCUGUGGUAAUUGUUGCUGCAGAACUUUUGAAAAAUGCAGAUGAAUUGGUGAAACAGAAAAUUCAUCCGACUUCUGUCAUUAGUGGAUAUCGUCUUGCUUGCAAGGAGGCAGUUCGCUACAUCAAUGAAAAUUUGGUUAUUAACUCAGAUGAGUUGGGCAAAGACUGUCUUAUUAAUGCAGCAAAAACAUCAAUGUCAUCCAAAAUCAUAGGAUUUGACAGUGACUUCUUUGCCAACAUGGUAGUAGAUGCUGUACUUGCAGUAAAAUACACAGAUCAAAGGGGACAACCACAUUAUCCUAUCAGCUCUAUCAAUGUUUUGAAGGCACAUGGUCGCAGUCAGAAAGAGAGUAUUCUUGUAAAUGGCUAUGCAUUAAACUGUGUUGUAGGCUCCCAAGGUAUGCCUAAGAGAAUAGUUAAUGCCAAAAUUGCAUGCCUUGAUUUCAGCCUACAGAAAACUAAAAUGAAGCUUGGUGUUCAGGUGGUAAUCUCAGACCCAGAAAAACUGGAUCAAAUUAGACAGAGAGAGGGUGACAUCACUAAAGAAAAAAUUCAGAAGAUCCUGGCUACAGGAGCAAAUGUUAUUUUGAACACUGGGGGCAUUGAUGAUAUGUGUCUGAAAUAUUUCGUUGAUGCUGGUGCUAUGGCAGUACGCAGAGUUCUAAAAAGAGACCUUAAACGCAUUGCUAAGGCUUCUGGAGCCAUCGUUUGUUCUACUCUGGCAAAUCUGGAAGGUGAAGAAACUUUUGAGGCAUCAAUGCUGGGACAAGCAGAAGAAGUGGUUCAAGAACGAAUUUGUGAUGAUGAAUUGAUUAUAAUUAAAAAUACUAAGGCACGGACCUCAGCUGCUAUUAUAUUACGAGGAGCAAAUGACUUCAUGUGUGAUGAAAUGGAGAGGUCUUUGCAUGAUGCUCUUUGCGUGGUCAAAAGAAUACUAGAGUCAAAGUCUGUUGUACCAGGAGGAGGUGCAGUUGAAGCAGCACUUUCCAUUUAUCUAGAAAAUUAUGCAACUAGCAUGGGGUCACGGGAACAGCUCGCUAUAGCAGAAUUUGCAAGAUCUCUUCUAGUUAUUCCAAAUACAUUAGCAGUUAAUGCUGCUCAAGAUGCUAUAGAUCUUGUUGCAAAGCUGAGAGCAUUUCACAAUGAAGCUCAAGUGAAUCCAGAUCGCAAAAAUUUGAAGUGGAUUGGUCUUGAUUUAAUCAAUGGGAAACCACGUGACAACAAACAAGCUGGUGUAUAUGAGCCUACUCUAGUCAAAACAAAGAGCUUAAAGUUUGCAACAGAAGCAGCAAUUACUAUUCUUCGAAUUGAUGAUCUUAUUAAGUUGCACCCUGAAAGUAAAGGUGAAAAAGGAGGAUGCUAUGAAGAUGCAGUUCAAUCUGGAGCAAUUGAAGACUAAAUGAAUUUUUAUUUGCCUAUUCCUGUGAAAUUCUCUCAAGUCUGUAUUAACUAAUACGUUGAUGAAAGCAAGUUGUCAGACUUCCGCAUAACUAGCAAAUAAAUGAAAUAUGGCUGUAUUUUGUAUUUGUAUCAGUAUUAUAAUGCAGAAUGUAAAGGGGAGGAGGUUGGAGAAAACCUGAGGAUUUCAGCAGUAGCUACCACUAACAAAGUCAAAUUACAGCCAAACGCUUAGCUUUUGGUGCAUUUCUUGUAAGUAUUUUGCUACUGAGAAUAA